AUGCAUGCAGAUAAAGAAACCGCAGAUAAUGGUGGAAAGAGUAAUAGUUUCAUUUUUUGUUUUUGGGUGUCUGCUUUUUUAGUUUUGGCUCGGCUUUCUGUCAUAUUUGUUUGGCUUUCUGCUGUAGUUUGUUCAGAUGUGUGCUGUUUUGUCCAUGACUUUUGUUUAGUUGUGUUGGUUUUAGUUUUUUUGGAUCAUAAACUGAUAUGGGUAUUUUUUGUGUCAAGGGAUGUUCGGAUGGGACAAAAUACCUAUACCACAUGUGAUAUUGGUGAUAUAGAUAAUGUAGUUUUAGGAUAUUGGCGAUAUAGAUAAUAUAGUUUUAGGGUAGGCAGGGAGAAAUCUUGCAGGGAGCUCAUCGUCCCUGUCCUGCCGAGAUGGAUUGAUUGGUGUGAAGGGCAAGAAAUUUGGAACGAUCGCUUGGAAGAUUGGAAGAGCAUGUAAAACAGAAGUAAAUUAUCCUUUAAAAGGAGGAAUUGAAGAUACAAAUAUUUUUAAAAGGAUAACAAAUGGAUUAGCAGAUCCUGGGAAAAACUUCAGAUGAUAACAUUUGAUCAACAUCUACUAAACUUUACCAAACGAAUGACGUCAUGUAAAGAUUCUGAUGCUCUUACCAUCGGUGCUACAGCCUGUCCUUGAACCUCAUUGCUUUUGCAGCAAUGAGGUCAUAACUUAAGCCUUUACAAUGAUUACUUUCAAAGUUUAGUUCAGCAGAGUACAGUUUAUGUAUACAGUCU